GGCUUGUGGUUUCCUUAGAAAGUGUAGUCGUGUAGACUAAAUAAUUGUUACAGUGCGAAGGCCACGUUCCUUUUAACUCUGCAACAAACGCAAAUACAAUGUAAUUUCAAUUACAAAAAGCGUUAUUGAAUAAUCUUCAAACAGAGGGUGGCGGGAAAAGGCGGUCCACAUCAAAGCGGAACAAGAAAGGCGCUCGCUUGCAUUCAUCCUCACUAACAAAAGGUUCAUUUUCAACAUUACACAACAACCCCGCACCCCCCCCAGCGAACAUGUCCAUGGCCCUCAAACAAGUCUUCAACAAGGACAGGACAUUCCGGCCCAAGCGCAAGUUUGAGCCCGGCACGCAGCGCUUUGAACUGCACAAGAAAGCGCAGGCGUCCCUAAACGCCGGCCUAGACCUGAAGCAAGCGGUUCAGCUGCCUCACGGUGAGGACCUCAACGAUUGGGUGGCCGUUCACGUAGUGGACUUCUUUAAUCGCAUCAACCUCAUUUACGGCACCAUCAGCGACUCCUGCACAGACCAGACCUGCCCAGUUAUGUCCGGGGGUCCCAAGUACGAGUAUCGUUGGCAGGACGAACAGAAGUACAAGAAGCCCACCGCUCUCCCUGCACCAAAGUACAUGAGUCUGCUAAUGGAGUGGAUUGAGGUCCAGAUCAACAAUGAACAUAUCUUCCCCACUAAUGUUGGUACGCCAUUCCCCAAGACCUUCAUGCAAGUAGCAAAGAAGAUCUUAUCUCGUCUGUUCCGUGUCUUCGUGCAUGUGUACAUCCACCACUUCGACCGUGUGAGCCACAUGGGAGCCGAAGCCCAUGUGAACACCUGUUACAAACAUUUCUAUUACUUCGCUACUGAAUUCAGCCUCAUAGACCACAAAGAACUGGAGCCUCUGAAAGAGAUGACAUCACGGAUGUGCCACUGAAAUGGAGAGCGGCCCCUCACAUUCCACACAGAUCAGAAGAACCACCCAAAUUAACAAUUUAAAAGCAGAUAAAAUAGAAAACUUUUAAAGACUAUUUUUAUACACUUUUAAAGUAUUGUAAUAUUCUGUUUAGCAAGAGACGUCUACAUAUUUGUAUUCUGAUGUGUAUACAGGCAUAGGGAGUAUAUUUUUAUUAGAAAUCAGUAUUACCAGUUAUUUUUUCCAAAUUAAUUUCUGAAUUAUUCCUUUUUUCCUGUUGUGCUAUUAUAAUCUAUAACAUACAGAUUAUAUUUGUGGUUAUUUAUGUACGUGGUUGAGAUAUUAAACCCACUAUGUCUCGUCUGUGGACCUUAUUAGUUGCUAUUGGUAGCACUGUGGUCUUUUUACCAUUUUUAAACUGAUUUUGUGGGGGGUUCAAAAUUGUCUGGAACUGAUUUAAAUGUGUUUAAAUGGAGCUGAUGGUACUAUACUCUUACUAAUAGCUAAAACAAUCAAAUUGGAACAUUUUUAAUGAACAAACACACAACACUGCAUAAAACAUUUGGAAUUUUUGAUUCUGUAAGAGAUUCAUGUCAGAGAUCUGGCAUUGCACUGAGUUGUAAAAAAAUUAGGUAGUCUGGAGAAAAACUGUUUUUUUUCCCACAGUAUUUCAGUGCAUUUGAGUUGACAUUUAAUCGAACCCCCUGAUAUAUUGGGGUUUUCAUGUUCUUUUUUUUUUGUUGUUGUGAAAGACAAUCCUAAUGUUUUAUUUUUCAGCUAGCUGUUUUGUGGUAUUGUGUCAGCCUUCUGAUGCCCUGCACAAUUAAAAGUAAAAGACUGACUUACAA